UUGUGCGUUGGCAUUUGGUGCGCACAUGCUUCCACGUAGUGACAGGCAUUAAACAACAUAACCUCUUCAACACUCUUUAAUUAAUAGUUCCUCUGUUAAUGACUUUCUAAGUAUACACUUUUAAUAUCGAUAGGAAAACGUUAUAAAAAUGGUGUCCAUCUUAAAUACAGUCGACACCGGUCACGAGGACAUGAUCCAUGAUGCGGAAAUGGAUUAUUAUGGGUUAAGGUUAGCAACUUGUUCCAGUGACAAUUCAAUAAAAAUUUUUGAUUUAAAGAAUGGAUCGCAAAGUUUAGUGGCCGAUUUGAAGGGUCACGUUGGACCAGUGUGGCAAGUUGCUUGGGCACAUCCUAAAUUUGGAAACCUUUUAGCAUCUUGCAGUUAUGAUCGAAAAGUAAUCAUUUGGAAAGAACUGGGGGAAUGGACAAAAAUUUAUGAACAUACUGGUCAUGAUUCCUCUGUGAACUCAGUAGCUUGGGCACCACACGAAUUUGGGUUGAUCCUCGCAUGUGGUAGUUCUGAUGGUUCACUGUCUAUCCUCACGAAUAAUGGAGACACAUGGGAUACACAAAAAAUUACAAAUGCCCAUACCAUUGGAUGCAAUGCAGUAAGUUGGUGCCCUGCCAUUGAACCCAGCUUCGAUGCCACAGGAACUCAGAGAAAUGGACCUGUAAAAAGAUUGGCCACAGGCGGAUGUGAUAAUUUAGUGAAGAUUUGGAAAGAAGAAGGUGAUAGGUGGAUUGAAGAAGAUAAAUUAGAAGCACACAGUGAUUGGGUAAGAGAUGUUGCAUGGGCACCUGCAGUUGGACCAUCUAAAGCAGCUCUAGCUUCUUGUUCGCAAGAUCGUCGUGUAAUUGUGUGGACCUCAAAUGAUUAUUCCAGUUGGACACCAGUUAACCUCAAUGUUUUUGAUGAUGUUAUCUGGAAUGUUAGUUGGUCAUUGACUGGAGGUAUUUUAGCAGUUAGUGGUGGAGACAACAAGGUAUCUCUUUGGCGUGAAAACACAGAAGGGCAGUGGACCUGCAUUUCUGAGACAAAUAAAGGUCAAGGAAACCUAAACAAUAUCGAUCAGCGGCCACAAUAAUAAUAUCAGAAAAUAUAACAUAGGAUAUUUUGUACUAAUAAUUGUUGUAAAUUAAAACAACUGUUUCAUAUUAAUAACUAUCUUAUUUCUUAUGCUUGCAUUUCUCUGUUGCAUAUCUAUACACAAAGAAUUAUAAUUUACAAAGUAGAAUUAAGUCUCAAUAUUUCACAUUCAUGGUAUAAAGGAAAUCGUAUUACACUUUCUAUUUCACAAUAUAUGCUUCAUACAUAAUGUAUACGUUAUAAAAAUAUAUACAUCUCUUGACGAUUAAAAUUGAAGAUGUGUUAAGAGUUUACACAUAAAAAUAAAUUACUGUACAUAGAA